ACACUUUUGGCCACACCCCACACUCUGUCAGUCAUGUGCUACGAGUCAAUUGCUGUUUUCAAACCCUGCACGUUCACUGCAGUGUAUUCAAUAAAUAAAUAAACCAAAACUGAACUGCCAGCUCUUCACUUGAAAUCAAUUUCCACAGGAGGGUCCUCCCAUUAUCCCACCCACCCCAUAACACUGCUAUAUAGCUCCCACCCUACGGCCCUACGUGGACGCGCAGUGCGGGUGCACGCACGCACGCUACGCGACGGGCAGCGGUUGUAGACGAGGAGAAGAAGAAGAAGAAGAAGAAGAGGGGGAGAGCAGAAGCAGAGAGGAGCUGUGGGAGGAAGGAGACGUGACGGGAGGACUCACAACAGAAGCUCUCAGGACUACGACAGAAAGAGAGAAGGCGGACAUUUAAAAUAAAUAAAAAAAGAAAAUAAACCGGAUCGUACCUGCGGCAGAUUUGGAGAUUUUUAGCAGCGGGAAACGUGUUGCGGACUGUUAACGUACGACAGCGUUUCCCUGCGGUAAAAUCAGCGUGAGUUUCUGGACAGGAGGCGCACGGUUUUGCUUUGCUUUGCUCUUCCUAGUCUGAGAAGAGGGAUUUUUUUGUUUUGUUUUGUUUUUUUGUAGCGGGGAGCAGCGGACUGAAGGCACACUGGAGGAGUUGAGAUGUCCUGAAUCAGUCCUCUGGGCCCAGAGAACGGUGUGCUGAUGGGACCUGCUACGCCACCAUGAGCUUACAAGAUGGCGGCUGCAGCUACGCCAGCAGCGCCAACAUGGCCACCGCUAGUGGCAGCAUGCGGCGGCGCCUGGAGGACCAGGAGUUCACCCUGCGUGUCUACCCGGGCGCCCUGGCUGAAGGCACCAUCUACUGCCCGGUCAGCGCCCGCAAGAACACCACAGCUGCUGAAGCCAUCGAGUGCCUCAUUGAACGGUUACACCUGGAACGUACCAAGUGCUACGUGUUGGCCGAGGUUAAGGAGUUUGGUGGCGAGGAGUGGAUCCUGAACCCUGGCGACUGCCCCGUUCAGCGGAUGAUGCUGUGGCCGCGAAGCGCCCUGGAGAACCGCAGCGGCCUGGGCAGUGGUGAUGACUACCGUUUCCUCCUGCGGGAGAAGAACCUGGAUGGAUCUAUCCAUUAUGGCGGCAGCCUGCAGAAGUGGCUGCGUGUGACUGAGGAACGGCGGCGCAUGGUGGAACGGGGCUUCCUCCCCCAGCCUGCAGGGAGCGACCCUCCGUCCGACCUCUGCGCUCUCCCGGAGCUAACAGAGCGCGCAAUUUUAGAAAGCCUUCGUGCACGUUUCCGCCAGGAGAAGAUCUACACUUACAUUGGGAGUAUUCUUAUUGUGAUUAACCCUUUCCAGUUCCUGCCCAUCUACAAUCCUAAAUAUGUCAAAUUGUAUGACAACCACACACUCGGGAAGCUCGAGCCCCAUAUAUAUGCUGUGGCGGAUGUGGCCUAUCACGCCAUGCUACAGCGACGGAGGAACCAGUGUAUAGUGAUUUCUGGUGAGAGUGGGUCUGGGAAGACUCAGAGCACCAACUUCCUCAUUCAUCACCUGACUGCGCUCAGCCAGAAGGGAUUCGCCAGCGGUGUGGAACAGAUCAUCCUGGGAGCAGGGCCUGUGCUGGAGGCAUUUGGGAACGCGAAGACGGCCCACAACAACAACUCCAGUCGCUUUGGCAAGUUCAUCCAGGUCAACUACCAGGAGAGUGGCACAGUCAGAGGAGCCUAUGUGGAGAAGUACCUGCUGGAGAAAUCCCGUCUGGUGUACCAGGAGCACAAUGAGAGGAACUACCAUGUGUUCUACUACCUGUUGGCUGGAGCCAGUGAAGAGGAGAGGAAGUCCUUCCACCUGCUCAAACCUGAGGAAUACCACUACCUCAACCAGAUGACAAAGAAAUUGCACAAACUCCACUGGGACAAUUACUAUGAGAGCGAUCUGCAGGACUGCUUCACAGUGGAAGGAGAAGAUCUGAAACAUGACUUUGAGCGGCUGCAGCUGGCUAUGGAGAUGGUCGGCUUCUUGCCCACCACACGCAAACAGAUCUUCUCCCUGCUGUCAGCAAUCCUCCACCUGGGAAACAUCCGCUACAAGAAGAAGACCUACAGGGACGAUUCCAUCGACAUCUGCAACCCAGAAGUCCUGCCCAUCGUCUCAGAGCUGCUAGAGGUCAAAGAGGAGAUGCUGCUGGAAGCGCUGACCACCAGGAAGACGAUGACUGUCGGAGAGAGGCUCAUCGUACCCUACAAACUCGCUGAGGCGGGAACGGUGAGAGACUCCAUGGCCAAGUCACUUUACAGCGCACUGUUUGACUGGAUUGUGUUCAGGACCAACCACGCCCUGCUCAACAACAGGGACCUGGAGGACAAUUCAAAGAUUCUGUCCAUAGGAGUCCUGGACAUCUUUGGCUUUGAGGAUUACGAGAACAACAGCUUUGAACAGUUCUGCAUCAACUUCGCCAACGAGCGGCUCCAGCACUACUUCAACCAGCACAUCUUCAAAUUAGAACAGGAGGAGUACAGGACGGAGGGCAUCACCUGGCACAACAUCGAGUACAUCGACAACAGCGGCUGCAUCAACCUCAUCAGCAAGAAACCCACAGCACUGUUCCACCUGCUGGACGAGGAGUGCAAUUUCCCCCAGGCUUCCAAUCAGACCUUGCUGGACAAGUUCAAGCGUCAGCAUGAAGGAAACAGCUACAUCGAGUUCCCGGCUGUCAUGGAGCCUGCCUUCAUCAUCAGACACUACGCUGGUAAAGUCAAGUAUGGAGUCAAGGACUUCAGGGAGAAGAACACGGACCACAUGCGUCCCGACAUCGUGGCCUUGCUCAAGAGCAGCAAGAACGCCUUCAUCUGCGGCCUGAUGGGAAUCGACCCCGUGGCGACUUUCCGUUGGGCCGUGCUGCGAGCCUACUUCAGAGCCCUGGUGGCUUUCAGGGAGGCGGGCCGCAGACACACCCACAAGAAAACAGGGAACGAUGCAGCAGUUCCCUGCGCUGUUGUCAAGACUGUCGACAGCUUCAGUUUCCUUCAUCAUCCGGUUCACCAGAGGAGCCUUGAGAUCCUUCAGCGAUGCAAAGAUGAGAAAUACAGUAUAACUAGGAAGAAUCCCCGGACACCUCUAUCAGACCUUCAAGGCACCAACGCCCUGAAUGAGAAGGCCAGCUGGGAUGGCUUUGGUGUUGGUUGUAACGGUCGGAGCUCCAGGUCCGGUCGUCUGUCCUCGACAGGAAGUCCCGCCCUGGAAGAAGACGGGAUCUUUCUCAACUCAACGAGCAGCAAACUCCUAGAGAGAGCUCAGGGGAUCCUGCUGAGAAACAAAAACUGCAAAAUCAAGCCAGCCCUUCCCAAGCACCUGUUGGACGUGAAGUCUCUGCGCUACCUGAGCAGCGUGACGCUCCACGACCGCAUCACCAAGUCUCUGCUCCACCUGCACAAGAAGAAGAAACCGCCCAGCAUCAGUGCACAGUUCCAGGCGUCCCUCAAUAAGCUGAUGGAGACUCUCGAUCAAUCAGAGCCAUACUUUGUUAAGUGCAUUCGCUCCAAUGCUGAGAAGCUGCCGUUGCGUUUCAACGACAGCCUGGUGCUCAGACAGCUCAGAUACACAGGUAUGCUGGAAACCGUACGGAUCCGACAAUCAGGGUACAGCAUCAAGUACACCUUCCAGGACUUUGUGCAUCACUUUCAUGUGCUGCUGCCUCGAGGCACGAGCCCAACCAAGUCAGGCAUCAGGGAGUUUUUCAGGCGGAUCCACCUGCCACCUGCUGGGUAUCAAGUGGGCAACACGAUGGUGUUCCUGCGGGAGGCCGAGCGUCAGCGUCUUCAGAGCCUCCUCCACCAGGAAGUCCUGAGGCGAAUCGUCACGCUGCAGCGCCGCUUCAGGGCCGUCCUGGAGAGGAAGCACUUUGUCAACAUGAGGCGAGCCACCUGUGUCAUCCAGCGAUGGUGGCGACGCUGCCUUCUCAAAGAGUCCGCCAUUGACUCCAGUGAAAAGGAGGCGGCGGCGGUGUGUCUGCAGGCGGCCUGGCGGAGCUACAGGGAGCGCAGGAGGUUCCUGCAGUGGCGGGAAUCUGCCGUCGUCAUACAGAGGAGCUGGAGACAUUUGUGUCAUCGCAGGUCUUUGGCAGCUGUGACGGUUCAAGCAGCCUGGAGAGGAUUCAGGGAGAGGAGCCGCUACUGUCAGAUGUACACGAGUGUGACGCAGCUGCAGGCGACGGGCAGGGGAUACCUGGCUCGACUCAGGUUCACUGAAUUGAAGGAGCAACAUGAGAGACUCAGUAGAUGUCCACCGGAUGAGAUGGAUCCAGGAGCCAUGGAGGACCUCCCCUCGUCAGGACAGGAAAAUUACGUCCAGGAUGUCUCUGGAGAACUUUAUGAAGACUCCAAGCCUGUUGCGUUAGACGUGCUAGAGACGGAAAAAGUGGAGCGAAGUAGGAGCAUAGAUGAGACGAGUCAUAAGAACCGGUCCAAACGAGAGAGCAGACGAAUGAGGGAGCUGGAGCAGGCUCAGUUCAGCUUGGAGCUUCUCAAGGUCCGAACCACCAGCAUGGGAGGUCCUCUGCAAGAAGACUCCGUCCCAGAUAGCAGCACCUGUCAACUGGAAGACCAUCACAGACAUUCACCCCGGGGAUCUCCAGCUAGCCAUGGAAGUUUUGAACUGCUAACUGUGGAAGACAUGGAGACCGAAGGCUCUGGAAGUUUUGGUCCUCAGUCAGCUGCACCUCAAGAACACCAGAAUGUGCUGGAUAUCGAACUUCAUGAGGGGCUUAGAGAUUCAAACUAUAACGAAAAGCCUGCGAUGGAGCUACUAAACAAGGCGGAGGUUCCGAGGGCAACGUUUUAUAUUGCUUCCGACCAAAGUCCACUUCAUGAACCAAAAUUUGAAAGCCCCAGGAAACCUUACAAAGAGCGAAGAGAGUCCACAUCUCGAAGGCCUGUAGUGGUGUUGAUCAGUAUGCAGAAGGAGAGCCCUGUGGAGGAGAGGGAGCUGCUGGCAGCCCGAACCCUACAAAGAGAUACGGAAACAGAAGCAACGCCAUCCAGUUCUGAAAUGACCCCCAUCGCUGGCUUGGAAGUAGCAUCAGAGGUAAAUAAGCCUCAUGGGACUGGUGUAGACUUACAUUCAUCCACCCAUGGAUCAAGUCCAGAAUUACCAGGGGUUUGCUCCUCAGAGGUGGACAUCCAGAUCGUUCUCGAGCCAAAGGACAGUGUUCCCGCUGUUCUCCCCGCUCAGCAGGAGAGGAAGGCGAUCCGGCCUGCACAGGAGGCUCCCAGCCCACUCCUGGACACCAAACCUCCAAAAGCUCAGAAGAAGAGCUCAGCGCAGACUGUGAUUGUGAACAUGGUGGAGAAACCCUCCAACACUGUGUUCUCCCCACCCAGACGCAAGCUGCCCUUCUCCAAGUCUGAUAAGGAUUUGGUGAACCAGGAAAGAUCUCUGGCCAUGUACAGAGACGACUCCAAAUCUGCUGGAUCCAGAAACAGAGGAGAGGUGGGUCGCCCCGGCCCCAAAAAGAAAGCACGAAUGUCCCGGACGCGCUCCGACUUCCUCACCCGCUGUAACUCUGAGGGGGCGACUCAGUCGGACGACGACGACGAAUACUACAUCCCCGCCCACUCCCACACGCUGCCCCCCUCCCUGUCUCCCUCAUGCAUCCACCCUGAGGCUGACUGUCACAGUGACUCCGAGAUGCCAUCUCACAAAGACCAGAAGAAGAUCCAUAAGACCAUGUCGUCAGGAGACCUGGGCAAGGUGGAAGUCCUCAGGAAGACCUCCAGUCAAGAUGGAAGGAUGAGAGGAAAGAUGAGGUUCUGGAGUAAGACAAAGCACGGCGAGAAAAAGCUGUCAAGAGAGAAGCAGGCCAGCAAGAGCGACGCUGGAGAGUCACACGAAGGCCCUUCUCCUCCUCACAGUCCAGAUUUGGAGGCCACCUCGUCCCGGGUGGUCAGGGACAGUAAGGAGAACAAGGAGCCGUCUCCUAAGAUGAGGAGGCGCCGCAGUGUGAAGAUCAGCAGCAUCGCUCUGGAACCCGCCCAGUGGCAAAACGACGCGCUGCACAUCCUCACCUCGGCCCACGACUACCGCAGCAUGAACGACUUCCUCAUGAAGAAGAUUGCUGAUCUGGAGUCUGAAGAUGGUAAGAAGGACACCAUGGUGGAUGUCGUCUUCAAGAAAGCACUGAAGGAGUUCAGGAUCAACAUCUUCAACUCCUACUCCACCGCUCUGGCAAUGGAUGAUGGCAAGAGUAUCCGUUACAAGGAUCUCUACGCCCUGUUCGAGCACAUCCUGGAGAAAUCCAUGCGCGUGGAGCAGAGGGACUGGAGCGAAUCACCGGUGAAGGUGUGGGUCAACACCUUCAAGGUCUUCCUGGACGAGUUUAUGACCGAGUAUAAGCCCAUGGAGGGAACUAUCGGCCGGGCUCCUAAACGUGAGCGCAAGAAGUCGAGGAAGAAGGAAACAGACAUUGUGGAAGAGCACAACGGCCACAUCUUCAAGUCCACACAGUACAGCAUCCCCACGUACUGUGAGUACUGCUCCUCCCUCAUCUGGAUGAUGGACCGAGCCUGCGUCUGCAAACUGUGUCGCUACGCCUGCCACAGGAAGUGCUGCUCCAAGAUGACCACCAAGUGCAGUAAAAAGUACGAUCCGGAGCUGUCGUCUCGGCAGUUUGGCGUCGAGUUGUCCCGUCUGACCAGCGAGGAGCGAACGGUCCCCCAGCUGGUGGAGAAACUCAUCAACUACAUCGAGAUGCACGGCCUCUACACAGAGGGGAUCUACAGGAAGUCGGGCUCCACCAAUAAGAUCAAAGAGCUCCGCCAGGGGUUGGACACAGACGUGAGCAGUGUGAACCUGGACGACUACAACAUCCACGUCAUUGCCAGCGUUCUCAAACAGUGGCUUCGUGACCUGCCCAGCCCGCUCAUGACCUUUGAGCUGUACGAGGAGUUCCUCAGGGCCAUGGGUCAGCCAGACAAGCGGGAGGUGAUACGAGGGGUGUAUUCGGUGAUCGACCAGCUCAGCAGGACACACCUCAGCACGCUGGAGCGCCUCAUCUUCCAUCUGGUCAGGAUCGCCCUGCAGGAGGAGACUAACAGGAUGUCUGCCAACGCCCUCGCCAUCGUGUUCGCUCCCUGCAUCCUUCGCUGCCCAGACACAAUCGACCCGCUGCAGAGCGUCCAAGACAUCAGCAAGACCACAGCGUGUGUGGAGCUGGUCAUCAAUGAGCAGAUGAGCAAGUACAAAGCUCGUCUGAAGGACAUCAGCAGUCUGGAGUUUGCUGAAAGCAAAGCCAAAAGCAGACUGACCCACAUCAGGAAGUCCAUGAAACCUGUACUAAUUGCUGUUAGGUUUAUGAGCAUAACCCGCACUGCCACCCCGAGCAAAGGCCGUGUUCGGCAAAGCAGCACCCACACGCCCUCGCCUCCUCUCAGCCCCAGGGCGCCCCCUGUGGUGGAUGGAGAGAGUGCAGGAGGGGGAGGAGAUGAAGCAGCAGAGGCCGGGCUGAAUGAGCAGCAGCAGCUGGCGAUGCAGCGGGAGGAGCAAAUCCUCACCGAGCAGAUUGAGAAUCUGCAGAAAGAGAAGGAGGAUCUGACUUAUGAGAUGUUGAUCUUGGAGCCGCGAGCGUCCGACGACGAGACUCCUGAAUCUGAAGCCUCCAUCGGCACAGCGGACAGCUCAGAGAACAUCACCAUGGAGGGAGCCACCUCGGACCCCUCUGAGCACGGCACUUAUCGCUCCAGAAGGUCGGAGGCAAAGUGCAGACGAGCUUUGCGUCGUCAGCCCGACUCCCAGGACUCUGCAGACUCCACCUCCAUUUCGUCCUCCUACCACCCCUCCUCCUCUCUCUCGUCCAACGCCUCCGGCUCUCCCUCCCCUCACUACCGGUUCCGCUCCUCCUCCUCGGGGCCCCUGCUCACUUCUUGUGGUUUGGGGACGCCGUUGGCUGAGGCGGAGGGGGGCCAAAGGGCUGGCAAGACCCGCCACAGGCUCAGGCUCAGCCGCAGCUCGCCACGCGAGCCCUCGGGAGGCCACCGGAGGGAGUCGGACUUCAGCUCGGGGCCACAGCAGCUGGUUCUGUAUGGCAGCAACGAGUUCAUGGUGUGAAGCCGAGGAGGGAAAGAACGCCGGCCGCCGCCUGUUCGAGUGUAGGAGGGUGUCCGAGAAAGGGAGGAGGGAGAGUCCAGGGCUGAACGAGGCUGGUCACGGGGCGAGGUCUAUGCCCCAUGUCGCCUGCUGCCCCUCCUCAGUGCCCAACCCCCUCCUCCCCCUGGUCCAGUCAAAGCAGAAAAGUGUGGGAAUAAGAAAAGAGAGGGCUGAGGGACAAAAUGAUAAAUGGUCGAAGAACAGAGGACUGAUGUGAACAGAGUGAAGUGAAAAGACACGGUCAGCCGUGUUUGAUCUCAGUGCUGUUCGACCCCUGCUGGAGCACCAGGGGUCAGUUGGGAAGGGGAACUGAAGGAAGGACGGGUGGUGAGACACAUGGAGAAAACCCACACCUGCAAAGCCAAAUCUUAUAGUGCCCCACCUUUAUUUUUUAGCAUGUGGGCAGGUGGUUAAAGCCACCCAGAAGAAAUACAUGUAGCCAUACUGACUGAACUGGCGGACACUUUGUCUGUAACCAGCGCCAAGCUAAGUUUGCUUUUCACGUUUACACGGGACACUCCAGCCAAGAGGCUGCAUGCUACUCCAUCACACUUUUUCCUACGUCUGUUUGAAGAGACUGUACAGAAAUAUGUUACGGCUGUAUGUUACAUUAAUAUUGUUAUUAUUAUUGUUGUCAUUAUUAUUAUUAUAAUUAUAAUUAUUAUUAUGUUACAGAGGAAAAAGUGUACAUAGAAAGAAACUCAGUGCUGCUCCUGGGUCAGUCAUUGUGGAUUAGUCACUCUUUCCUGUUCCUCUAUUUUUGCAAACAAACAUUUCCGGAAUUCAGGUUCCACUUUUGUUUCUGUGCUGGUUUCGCUGGGUUUUUCCUCUUUUCCCUUUUCAGUGCGAACGGAGCCGGUUUUGGGUGUCGUCGACUUAUACUCUUGGAAAAUCAGCUGGAGGAAAAGCUGUGUGUCUGUGCUCACUGUGAUACGUCUCUGGUGUCAAACGUCAGUCAGCCGUCAGUGUGUUGUGUUUGCCUUUCCCUGCAGGCUUUUUGUUUUUCCUUCUGUUCUUGUUCAGAAACAUCAGUGUUACUACAUCAGGACUUGAAUUUUUUAUAUAUAUCUAUAUAUAUAAAUAUUAUUGCUGUAUUAUAGGUGUUGUUGUUAUUGAUAUCAAAGAUGUCAUGUUUUUGUUCUCGGCACAGAUUCACGGUUUAUUUUUUGUUCAGGUGAAAGCCAUUUUCCCCUCCCGUCUGGAUGAGUGUCAUGUGCGUGUGCAUGUCUGAAUGAAUGAAUAAUUCCUGCCAUCAGCUCCCACUUUGUGCAUACGAGUCCCCCCCCCCUCCAAACCUAAAAGUGUAAAGGUGACCAACCGUCAAGUGACACUAAAACUAACUCGGUCACAGAAAUGUUUCAUUUGUCUGAGUUGCGUUGCACCUGUGGGGAAACUCUUGCGCUCACCCACACUUUCAAACCGUCCACAAUGUCCUCUGAGCCAUCCAGUAUCUUCUUCUUUUUCUUCUUCUUCUUCUUCUCUCCCAACAUAGUAUCAGCUCUUCCAUCCUUUUCUCUCCGGCUGUGGCUGUGAAAAGUAGCAUUUAAUCUGCCUGUUAACCGUUACAAAAACGAGUAGCAUCUAAGACCGUCCACGUGUUAUCUGCAUACUCUUUCUCUCUUUCCGUCUCUGUCCAUACAGCAUCGAGACAGUCAGUGUGAUAUUCGGUUUUAUGGGCCCACUGAAUAGCUUAACAGCAGCGAUGUCUCCGUGCUUUAGCCGCAGUAUCUCUUCUCGCUUGCUGCGUCUGCGGUCGGAUACUUUUGGGGAAACAGUAGUUUCCUUUUCACCGACACAAUCAGUGUUAAUCGACUUAAUCCUGGAGCUGGGAGUCUCGGUAAAGACUGUGCCCAUCUCGGUUUUUUUAUGCAGGUGUCGAGACUUGCGAUGUGCUGUCUUUUUACAACAUAAACUGUAGACUUGUUUAGAAAAAAACAAACAAACAAACAAAAAAACAAAACAGUUUCAAAGGUGAGCUGAAAAGGACAAAUCUGAUUCCAGGUCAAAUAUCUUUUGAGCUGAUAUUUGAUUAGAUGGUCUUUGUACAUGUCCAGGCUGUCAAUAUGGCGUUCAGCAACAAAAAAAGAAAAAGAAAAAAAAAAUAGAAUUUAAAAAAGUGAAUGUACCUGUCACUGGAAGGCAUGCUCUGCUUUUUCUGGUUGUUUUUGUUCCUCUUUUAUACACAGUGUAUGUACUAUUUAUGAUCAUGCUUUUGGGGUGUACAUUGGUUUAAAAGAAUCUGUUAUAAAAGGUGUUAUAAAAGGAUAUAUUAUCCUGUGUACGGUCCAUUAUCUACUAUUAUUCACAGCAACAUUUUAACAGGCCACACUCGGUCUGUCAUGUUUGUGGAAAAAAAAGAAAAAAGAAAAGAAAACGCGUGUCUCUUUGUCUGCGCCACUCUGGACAUGGUGAUGUAUAAGGUGCAAUUUGUGUUAUAUUUCUUUUUUGUUUUUUUAAUGAUACAAACAUGUCUAUGGUUGUAAGGAAAAAAAAGACUUUAUGGGGAAAUUCAUCUGCUUAUUAAAAAAGCAAAACUGCAGCCAAACACAGAUGAGUUGAGUAAUAUUUCGAAAUCCAGAGAGAAAUGUGUGUUUUAUUUUUCCGUUUCCGACACCUUAGGACCGCAUCACACGUUUGUGUUUCUCUUCACUGUAACAUGUACAGGUUUAGUUAAAAUACUUUACAUCCUGCGUUGUUUCUGUUCAUGUUCACAAGCUGGCAGUCUGCUAUUUCUCUGACUCUGCUGGGAAAUUGCUGCAUUUCUUUGCGUUGUACCGCCACUAACUGCUCAUGGGUGGAUUUGCGUGGAACUGUUGACAGGAACGUGAGCGUACAGUCGCACGAGCUUUGCCUCGUAGCACGACUUGUGGUCAGAAACUCCACAGAGUGUCUUGAAUCAGCCACCGAUGAGGCCUGUGGCUCACAGUGGUUGUUUUGUCUCAUCUCGGACGCGGCGGAUGUUGCUGAGAACAGGUUUCUGUGCAGGCCUAAUCAUGCCCAAACCGGUCCAUGAAAAUCCGCUGCAUACCUGUAAUAUGUGUAAGAGUCCAUGGACAAGCACAUCUCCAUAUUUGUGGUUAGGACAGUCAUCGUUAAUGUUAUCAAUUACC